AUGCUUCUACAACUCAAACAAGUAAGUCAAAAGUACCCUAUCAUUAGAGGUAUGAUUUCAUAUGCUUGUAUAUGGCCAGCAGGAAGUUAUAUACAACAGAAAAUAGCCAAAGAAGAAGAAAUCAAUUGUAUGAGAUGUAUACGAUUUGCCAUGUUUGGAUCAUGCUUUGUCGCUCCAACUCUCUAUAUGUGGAUAAGAAUCUCAAGUAAACUAUGGCCAGCACUCGAUUUUAAAACUGCAGUUAAAAAGGCAGUUGUUGAACAAUUUACUUAUGGACCAGCAGCCAUGGUUUGUUUUUUUUCAGGCAUGACAUUUUUAGAAGGAGGUGGUAUAAAUGAUGCUAUCACUGAAGUAAGAGAAAAAUUCUUUGACACUUACAAGGUUGCCAUUUGUGUUUGGCCAGUACUACAAACAAUUAAUUUUGCUUUUGUACACGAAUCGAAUAGAGUUAUAUUUGUAAGUGCAUGUAGUUUAAUUUGGACUUCAUUUUUAGCUUAUAUGAAACAAUUAAAAGUUGAAAAAACUGAAAAUCAAGAGUCACAGUUUAGUAAUAGAUAA